GUGUGUGUGUGUGUGUGUGUGUGUGUGUGUGUGUGUGUGUGUGUGUGUGUGUGUGUGUGUGCGUGCGUGUGUGUAGACCAGAUUAACUGCAAGCCCGCUUGUUCUUCUUGGUUCAAGUCAUCAGGCGGAGUCAUCCUGGUCAGCAUGGGUCCUCGCGAGGUGGUGGGAGUGGUGGGAGUCUUGAUGGUCAUCGCCGUCAUGCCGGGCCGCGCCACAACGAUGGAAAUCGUUUUUCCUGUAACAGACUGCCUUGACGGCGACCCGCGGUGUCCUGCGCUGGCUGCUGUGGGAUUUUGUUCUUCAAGCUCGCUGUACAUGAACAGAGUUUGUCCGUACUCUUGCAACCUAUGCGUCGCCGAAGAGGACUCCGUCGCCUUCCAGCCUGGUGAAGGAAGCGUCGAACACCAAUAUACUUCGACGGCCGCCCCGGAAACUGCCAAGGAAACUACCAUAAAGCCAAGACGCUCCAUCGUCAAUCCUGACUUCGAGUGUGGCGGUCUCCCCUCCUCACUCCGCACCAGGUCAUACAGCCAAGGCGCCGCCCAGGGCCAGCAGCCAAAGAAAAGUGGCAUCUCAUUCCGACAGCCCGAAACAGAGGACGGGACACAGCCCAUUGAACACACCAGCUGUGGGGCGUCAGUGAUCAGCGAUCACAUCAUCGUCACCGCCGCCUAUUGCGUCCUCAACAAAAAUGUGACUUCGGUACGCCUCGGUGACAUCGAUCUCGCAGUGGAUAACGAAACUAACUCCAACCCGGCUGACUACGAAAUUGUUGACAUCUUCCUGCAUCCUGAAUUCACUGAGGGCGAGCUGUACAACGACAUCGCGCUGCUCAAGACGGAUCGCAAGAUCGAGUUCAAUGAGGCUGUGUUCCCGUACUGUGUGUCCCCAUUCGUGCCCCCCGCCGACACCAAGGUCAUUGUUGCUGGGUUUGGCUUCAUUAAUGAGACACACAAGACGACUCAGCUGAUGGAGGCCACGCUCGAGGUGCUGCCGUUGUCCCACUGCGAGGAGAAGUACCUGAAUAAGGAGGAGCAGCGGCUGAAAAAGGCAUACCCGUCACUCCUGCAAGGGAAACCAGGCCUCUUGUGUGCCGGGGACGAUAUCAGCGGCGUCUGCAAGGGUGACGAGGGCGGACCACUCUUCCGGGAGGAUGAGGACGGCCGGCGGUACCUGGAAGGCCUCAUCAGCUUCACGGGGAGUUUCUGCGGCGAGGGUGUGCUGCCUGGAAUCUUCACGGCGAUAUCUGACUACGUGGAUUUCAUUGACGAGAUCAUCUACGAGAACGAGAACCUCUGAGGGCCUGAAGGGUGACUCAGAUGUGUGUGUGUGUGUGUGUGUGUGUGUGUGUGUGUUAAGUAACUAUUCACUCUCGUAAUCUUUGUAUUAUCCCCUCAAGCUCCAGACACACAAUAGAUUUCGUUGACCAAGCUUACCAUCAAGACAAACGUACUUACUAUUGUUUGAUUGUAACUCUUGUUGUAAUAACGUUGUGAAUUGCUGAUAUUUGAUUGUUUACAUUGUUUGUACUACUACCUCUGUAUCUUCAUCAAAUUGGCAUAAAUCCAGAGACAACUAUGUACACUCUAUGGCUCGUGUUCUGAAACACUUUGUUCUCUCAUCAAGGCCUCUCAUUCAAAGGCCACAGAGGUGAUCAGUCUGGUUUCCAUGGAUGCAUCCCAUAUUAGUGAUGCAACAUUCUUGUUGAAUUAUCAUUAGAAAUAUAAAAAUACAGUUGAAACCUCCAA